AUGUCAGCCGACGACCAGCAGUUUCUGGACGUUCUGUCCUCGCUGCCCAACAAGAUCCGAGGCUACUCUGACGACCUCGCAAACCUUAUCAACCCCACCGUCGACAAGGCUGCACAGGCCGUACGAGAGACGCUCUCCUCCUCAGAAUGGCUGCCCGACUCGGUGCGGCCGAAGCCCCCCGUCCGCCACAUUCCCAUCGAGGUGAUAGCUAUCAGCCGGUACGAGAGGCUGCACGGCUGGGUGAAGGAGCACAAGCUGUUGACCGGUGCCAUCGUCGCCGUCGUGGGCGUCGUGGCAUACCGAUCGUACAGGAGUAGCAGGUUCUGCAAGAAGACGCGCCGGGCGAAACGGGCUAGGAACGGUGGCCGUCUCGAGGUUGUCGUUAUCGCAGGCUCACCGACACUACCUUUGACGAGAUCGCUAUCACUCGAUUUCGAGAGGAGAGGGUUCAUCGUGUACAUCGUUUGCAACGCUGAGGAGGAUGAGAGCAUGGUGCACAGCUUGGCAAGGCCGGACAUUCUGCCUUUGACCAUUGACACAACGGAUCCCCCCAGAGCUGGCGCAGCCAUCGACAGCUUCGCCCAGUACCUCCAAUCACCACACGCCCCGGUACCGCGGACGAGGCCCAACCAUCUGCAGCUUAAGUCCGUCAUCCUUAUCCCGUCGCUCAACUAUCAGACUUCACCCAUCGCCACGAUCCCGCCCUCCAGCUUCGCAGACCUCUUCAACACCCACCUCCUCCACCCCAUCCUCACCAUCCAGGCCUUCCUGCCGCUCUUGACAACCCGCCUAAGCCCGCCCGGAGAGAAGUGGACGCCGCCAAAGGUCCUCGUCUUCACUCCCUCCAUCAUCUCCUCCAUCAACCCCCCCUUCCACGCCCCCGAGGCAACGGUCUCCUCCGCCCUAUCAGCCUUCACCGAGGUCUUGACGGCAGAACUGCGACCUCUCGGCAUCCCCGUGACCCACAUGCAGCUGGGCACAUUCGACUUCACCGGCUUCCAGCCCGCGAAGCAUACUCAUCCUUCCCAGAGAGGUCUCCUCGAAGGCGGCCCCGGUGUCGACGCCGACGCCACGGAGACCCUCAUGUGGCCCGAGAACGCCCGCCACGCCUACGGACGCAACUUUGUCAUGCAGAGCACCUCUGCCAUCUCGGCCGGUCGCAUCCGUGGUUUGAAGGGCAGCUCCCUCCGUCACCUCCACAACGCAGUCUUUGACGUCAUCGAUGGGUCCAUCACCAGCGGCACCGUCCGCGUCGGCCUUGGCGCCAGCGUCUACGGCUUCGUCGGCCGCUGGGUGCCCCGCGGUCUCGUCUCCUGGAUGAUGGGCAUCCGCCGCGUGGACGAGCUGUCGGCGUGGCAGACGAGCUCUUAUGAUGGAUCACUCGAUGGCAGCGACAACGACGAAAACCAAGACUUUGUUGCUGUGCCCGACGAGAAGUUGGAUAGCAACGUUUGGAAGUCAUCUUAG